GCAAAACAUUAGUGACAUAGAGAGUGGUCUCACAUCACAAUCUCAUUCACAUAGCAUUAGAUGUGUUUUUAUAUACAUUUUAUUUACUCUUCAUAUGAUUUAAUAACAAUUAUUGGUUACUUUGAAUCUCAGUUCACUUCAUAAUUGUUUUUCUCGAUUCGCAGACUAUUUAUUUGUUUAAGUGUUUUAUCGACUAGUUUUUGGGUUAAAUUAAAUUUUCCUAUUAUUUCCACACAUUUUCUUCCAACAUAUUCAUCCGUUUUGUUAUUAAUAUUAUUAUUUCCUGUAAUUUAUUUCAUUGAAUCAAAUAUGAAGACAGAAUUUCCGCUAUUACCGAAAAUAGUGAACGGAGGCAUUGCGGGUGUUAUCGGAGUAACAUGUGUGUUCCCAAUCGACCUAGUCAAAACCCGACUCCAAAACCAACAAAUGGGUCCAAAUGGACAACUCAUGUAUAGAUCAAUGUUUGAUUGUUUUGCGAAAACAUUUCGAAAAGACGGCUUCUUUGGUAUGUAUAGGGGAUCCGCUGUUAAUAUACUCCUUAUAACACCCGAAAAGGCCAUUAAAUUAGCGGCGAAUGACUUCUUCAGAUAUAAAUUGACGGAUGAAUACGGUAAAUUAUCGAUCGCACGGGAAAUGAUAUCUGGAGGUGCGGCCGGUUUUUGCCAAAUAAUAGUGACCACUCCUAUGGAACUAUUGAAGAUUCAAUUACAAGAUGCGGGAAGAGUUUCGGCCAAAGGUGUUAUUGAAGGGGGAGAAGCGAUCGUCGCCACGUCUGCCACAGCUAUCGCACUAAAACUGCUAAAGACUCGAGGAAUACUUGGCCUCUAUAGAGGAACCGCUGCAACAAUGCUCAGAGACGUGUCAUUCUCGAUGAUCUAUUUCCCACUCUUUGCUAAUCUCAACAAAUUAGGCCCAAAACGAAAAGACGGUUCCGGAGAGUCUGUGUUUUGGGCAUCAUUUUUGGCCGGUUGUUGCGCGGGUUCGGUGGCCGCCGUGUCUGUCAACCCUUUCGAUGUCGUCAAAACACGGCUUCAAGUGUUGAACAAAGCGAAAGGUGAAGUCAGUUAUAGC